AUGGAUGUGCAGCCGACAAAUCUGCGGCAACUGUGUGAUGCCAUCAUGUCAAUAUGGACCAAACUCUCUGAGGAAUGCUUCCAGCACCUUGUUGAAUCUAUGCCACGAAGAAUUGAGGCAGUUCUGAAGGCAAAAGGGGUGUACAUCAAACAGGAGGAAACUGAGGUCAUUGCUGUUAUUGUAAAGAGUGAAGAAGAGGAAGAAGUGGAACCUGAGUCCACUAAGCUUCAUCCUCAGUGUCUCAGUGAAAGUGAAAGUCCAAAAGGAGAUUCAAGAAAAUGUUGUAAGGAGAAGUCUGUAGACCAUGACGACAGCUUGAAGAAGACAAGUGAAGACAGGUUAAAGAAAUUUAAAAUAAAAAUAAAAGGUAAUAUAGGCAAGAAUUUGAGCUUCCCUGAGCGUGGGAAAAAGUGUGUCUUAAAGUCUGAUCUUCUUAAACAUGGGAAUGCUUAUUUAGGAGAGAAACCAUUUACUUGCACUAUAUGCGGUAAAGGUUUUAAUUCAGAAACACACGUGAGGAGACAUGAAAGAAUACAUACAGGAGAGAAACCCUUUCGUUGCUCUCUCUGUGGUAAACAAUUUCGUGAAAAGGGCAGUUUAAGGACACAUGAGAGAAUACAUACAGGAGAGAAACCAUUUGGUUGUUCUUUUUGUGGUGAAAAAUUUACCGAAAAAGGUGGUCUUACCAAAGACUUACACCAAAGACUUCACACAAGAGAAAAACCAUUAAUUUGUGCUUUUUGUGGAAAACAUUUAUUGAGAAAAUUAGUCUGAAGAUACAUGAAGGGCUUCAUACAGGAGAGAAACCAUUUAGCUGCUGUGAGUGUGGGAAAAGCUUUACAUGGGCGAGAUAUUUGAGACGACAUGAAAAAAUUCAUACUGGAGAGAAACCUUUUGUUUGCUCUCAG